AUGUACCAAGAAAGCAAUGCAGGAUUGUGUUGGGGAGAGGAGAGCCUGGCACACAGGGUCCAGGUGUGUCUCAUCCUGCUAAUCAGGAACCUCCCCUGCAGACAGAUCACAGCAGUAACAAGAGCAGCAAAGCAGAGGAACCGUCACAACCCCACAUUCAAACCAAUGUAUUUGCUCAUCGCCUGGCCUCUGUGGUACCGCUCCAGACGAACCAUCAAGGUCUCAUUGAUGGUCUGUGUUGUGGUCUGGGUCUUAGCUUUGGUCAUUUCCUGUUUUGUCGGAAUCAGUGACUUGGAACACAUUGAACGUUACAAGCCCAUUGGAGUAAUCCUCCUCCUCCCCUUCCCCGUGCUCAUCUUCUCUGUGGUUGGGAUCAUUAAAGGCCUGUCUGCUGCCAUCUCGGUCUCCUCUGAGGAAAAACGACGAAUUGUUGGAGCAACAAUUCUGGUGUUGCUUAAUUACACACUGCUGUUUCUGCCUUUCAUAAUUGGUAGCAUAACACCAAAUGUCAUUAUGACUAACCCUUAUGCAUUCAUCUGCUUCAAUCCGCUUGGAGUCUUGGUUCUGUAUGUUUUUAUGAGAAAAGGGGCCAUAGACAAGAUUUUAGCCUCUCUGUGUUGUUGUAGGAUGGAAACACAGCAGCAGCAGACCAUUGCUGUAAAUGAUAAAAGCAUUACGACAGUCAGCUCUGUGUAG